CCAAUCAACCUACACAACACAACACAACACAUUAUUAAUUUUCCAUUCUUUGUCUCUUUCUUUCUUUCUCCCAUUCCGAAUCCCACGGAUUUCACUUCCAUUCAAAGUCAUAGCUACCUUCCCCUACUUGCCUGCUAGAUCCAUUCCAUUUCUCUGGUUGAAGUUGUUAAUUUUGGUGUUGGAUGUUGAGUUUUGAAGCUGUGUAUGAUCUGAAAGUAAAUAAAUAAGUAAAAAAAAUUGUACUUUUUUCUGAGUUGAUGAUGGCAUCAGGUGGUGUUGCACCUGCUUCUGGAUUUAUAGAUAAGAAUGCAAGUUCUGUUGGUGUUGAAAAGUUGCCUGAAGAGAUGAAUGACAUGAAAAUUAGGGAUGAUAAGGAAAUGGAAGCCGCCACCGUGGUAGAUGGAAAUGGAACAGAAACCGGACAUAUAAUUGUCACAACCAUUGGUGGUAAAAAUGGCCAGCCAAAGCAGACAAUAAGCUACAUGGCCGAGCGUGUUGUUGGACAUGGAUCUUUUGGUGUAGUUUUUCAGGCAAAGUGUUUGGAGACGGGAGAAACUGUGGCCAUAAAGAAGGUUCUUCAAGACAAGAGGUACAAGAACCGGGAAUUGCAAACUAUGCGACUUUUGGACCACCCUAAUGUUGUAUCUUUGAAGCAUUGCUUCUUCUCGACGACUGAAAAAGACGAGCUUUAUCUUAACUUGGUGCUUGAGUAUGUUCCCGAGACUGCCAGUCGGGUGAUCAGACACUACAACAAAAUGAAUCAAAGAAUGCCUAUGAUAUACGUUAAACUCUAUUCUUAUCAGAUUUGCAGAGCACUUGCUUAUAUUCACAACAGUAUUGGAGUAUGUCACAGGGAUAUUAAACCUCAAAAUUUGCUGGUCAAUCCUCACACUCACCAACUGAAGAUAUGCGAUUUUGGAAGUGCUAAAGUCUUGGUAAAGGGUGAACCAAACAUAUCUUACAUCUGUUCUAGGUACUAUAGAGCUCCUGAGCUUAUAUUCGGUGCAACUGAGUAUACCACAGCCAUUGACAUCUGGUCAGCUGGCUGCGUACUUGGUGAACUUUUGCUUGGCCAGCCGCUCUUUCCUGGUGAGAGUGGAGUAGACCAACUUGUGGAAAUCAUAAAGGUAAUGUGUGUUUUAAACAAUAUUACUGAUAUUAUCUACCUUGCUACUAACUUGAACAUAUCAAGAUUCAUCUUUCCGUUUUGUUUACUGCUAUUUUUUAUUUCAUUAAUUCUGAAGAAUCGUGGCGUUCACUUGCAGGUUUUAGGUACUCCAACAAGGGAAGAAAUCAAGUGUAUGAAUCCUAAUUAUACAGAGUUUAAGUUUCCUCAAAUCAAAGCUCAUCCAUGGCACAAGAUCUUUCACAAGAGAAUGCCACCUGAGGCUGUGGAUCUUGUCUCAAGACUAUUGCAAUACUCUCCAAAUCUUCGAAGCACUGCAUUGGAGGCACUUGUUCAUCCAUUCUUUGAUGAGCUGCGCGAUCCCAACACUAGGUUGCCAAAUGGACGUUUCCUUCCUCCAUUAUUUAACUUCAAAGUCAAUGAGCUCAAGGGAGUGCCUUCGGAGAUGUUGGUGAAGCUGGUUCCACCUCAUGCACGAAAGCAAUGUGCUUUGUUCGGAUCAUCAUCAUAAAGCAGCCUUGUGUAGUUAUUAAUAUUAUUAUUAAGUACUUUCUUCUACCUGUGAAAGUGUAUCUAGUAAAAUUUCAAGUGGUUAAAUAGGUUAUUAUUACUAUUUUCUUUCUGUUGAUUUGUUCUCACACCACCUACCAUCCAAUUUAUUAUUUAUUUUUCUCCCUGCAUGUAGAAGAAAGCUGUUUGAUAAGCAACUUCAGCUUGAUCAUUACUUUGUAGGAUCUAAUGUGUCCACUCACCUUAAAAUGAAACCACUGUUUAUUAAAGUGAUAUGCUUAAUCACA